AUGACAACUCUGCCGGCCAAGGAAAAAGCUGCUGAUUUGGAGGCUUCGUCUCCUUAUUCGGUAGCAGAUGUCGACACUCUCGAUGUCAACGUUGCGAGUUCCAGUAUAGUGCUGACAAAGAGUUUCAAUCUCUUCAGUGCUUGCGCAACUGGAAUUACUACGGGGAAUGCCUGGGCGGUUCUGGGAGGUGCAAUUAUUGCGUCGCUCUAUAACGGCGGCCCUCCAGGCAUUAUCUAUGAGUUGUACGCUUUUAUGAACCCCCCCAUGCAACAAGUCCGUCGCAGUUCUAACAUACAACACAGUACUGUGGUAUCCUUCUUCUAUUGUUUUGUCGGCGCAUCAAUUGCAGAACUCGCUUCAUCAAUCCCAGCUUCUGGAGGAGUCUAUCACUGGGCCACCGUAACCGCAGGGCCACGAUAUGGCAGAAUUUGUGGCUGGUUUGCCGGCUGGCUGAAUGCUUUGGCAUGGACCUUCGCUGUGGCCAGCAACACUGUCAUGACGAGCAAUAUGAUCGUUUACGCUUAUUCGCUCUACCACAGCGAAUUCAAUCCACAGCGUUGGCAUAUCUUUAUUUGCUAUCUGAUCAUGUUGUGGAUUUGCUGCUUCACAGUGAUGUUCGCACAACCAGCACUGGCAGCUAUUAGCAGACUUGGGUCGUUUUUCAUUGUUGCAGGACUCCUCAUCACCACUAUCGUUUGCGCCAUCAUGCCAAGCAGAAAUGGGUCUGGCUAUGCCUCGAAUGACUUUGUCUGGAGGGAUUGGAAUAACCUGACGGGCUACUCAAGUGACGCAUUAACAUUCCUAGCGGGGAUGCUGAAUGGUGCAUUCGCUGUGGGCGCUAUAGACUGUGUCACUCACAUUGCAGAGGAAAUUCCACAGGCAGAAAAGAAUAUCCCUAAAGCUCUAGCUUGUCAAGUGCUCAUCGGGUUUGUCACGGGCCUCUGCUACUUAGUUUCGAUCUUCUACGCCAUCAAUGACUUGCCGAAGAUCAUGGGUUUGAACUCGAUCUGCCCACUUGGUGACAUAUAUCUUCAAGCGACUGGCUCUAAAGCUGGUACAGCCGUGACGACGCGACCCCAUUUUUCUAGCAAGAUCGGAGCCGUCAGCCCUAGAUGGCACAGCCCAUUGUGGGCGACCUUUGCUUGUGGCAUAUUCUUGACCUUCAUCGGUGCCAUUUAUGUGGGAUCCCUCACUGCAUUCAACGCUUUUAUUGGUUCGUUCGUCGUGCUUACAACGGCUUCUUAUCUUCUGGCCAUCUUUCCCCACCUGCUCACUAACCGGAAAAAUAUUCGACCCGGUCCAUUUUGGAUGGGGAAGUAUGGCGCAAUGGUCAAUGUCGUUGCCUGCUCGUAUAUUGUUGUCACUUUCGUGAUCUACUGUUUCCCUUACUCUGUGCCAACUUCGCCGGAGUCCAUGAACUACACCAGCGUGAUUACAUGUGGAUUGAUUGUCCUGGUGGGAGUGUGGUGGCUGGUGCAUGGAAAGAGCAAUUUUCAUGGACCUCAGAUCACCAUGUCAGGGCAAUAG